AUGAUUUCUUAGAAGGAUGAACUAAUUGAAAAGGAUAAACUAAUAACAUCAUAUUUAUCUUUUAGAGGAUUACAAAAAUAACAUAUAGAUUCUUUCAAUUACUUUAUUGAAUAACGUUUAGAGUAGAUAGUUAAAUCUCCUUUGAAUUAAAGAAUUACUUGUGAAAGUGAUUCAGCUUUCCUUUUGGAGUAAAAAAUCAUCAUCAUAAUAAUAUAGAUAUUUAUCAAUCAGAGUUGAAAAUCCAACAUUUACAAGCAGUUGGGAUAAAUACUCUAUGAAAAGUUUGCUAUACCCUCAUGAAUGUAGAUUGAAUGAUUAGACUUAUGCUGGAGAUAUAUUGUAAUUGAUAUUAAAAAUUAAAAUAGCGUGAAUGUUCGUAUUCAUAUGAAAGGAAGAGAACCUGUAGUAGAGAAAGAUGUUCUAAUUGGUAGGAUGCCAAUAAUGUUGGGAUCAAAGAAAUGCAAUCUUUCUGGUAAAACAGAAGCUGAAAUUUAUUAAUAUGGGGAGUGCCCCUAUGAUCCCAAAGGUAACAAUAAUAUGAAUUAGGUUUUUAGGAUAUUUUAUUAUUGAAGGCAAUGAGAAAGUCAUCUUAAUAUUAGAAUAGAUUGUAGAUAAUAGAAUUAUUGUAGAUGUUGAUAAUAAAACAGAUUAAUAUGUGUCAACUGUUUAAUCUUAUUAAUUAGAAACUAAAUCAAAAGCUUCAAUUAUUUAAAAAAAGAAUAAAUUUUAUGUAAAAUCUUCAAGUUUCAAAGAUGCUCCUCUUUUUAUAGUUUUUAAAGCUUUAGGUAUUGUAAAUGACAAAGAGAUUAUUGAACUUAUUGGAACUGAGCCUAGUAUUGUCGAAAAAUUAUUAAUGAGUUUUUAAGAUUCCUCAGAUGAAAAAAUAAAAACUUAAUAGGAUGCAUUAAUAUAUAUUGGGAAAUUAAUUACAAGUAAAUUUGGAGGGUAAUCUUCUAAUCCUGCAGAUUAAGCUAGAGAGAAAUUAGCAUAAGUCUUUUUAGCUCAUGUUAAUUGCAAAAAAUAUGAUUUCUAUCCUAAGGCUAUAUAUUUAGGAUAAAUGGUAAGAAGAUUAAUAUUGGCUAUGGAAGAUAAAAAGUUUGUAGAUGAUAAGGAUUAUUAUGGAAAUAAAAGAAUGAGAUGUGCAGGUAAUCUACUUGAAUUGUUGUUUGAAGAUUUAUUUAAAGGAUUAAAUUCUACCAUAUCUGCUAUUCUUAAAAAAGAAUUAGGCAAAGCUAAUUGUAAAUAUACUUCUAAAGAUGUUACAAUCAAAAUGAAAGAAUAUGGAGCUGAUAUUACUAAAGGAUUGAAUAGAGCUAUUAAAACAGGAAAAUGGACAAUUCAAAGAUUUCAUAUGGAUAGAUAAGGAGUUACAUAAUUGUUAGCUAGAAUAUCUUAUACAUCUGCACUUGGUAUGUUGACCAAAAUGAGAAGUCAAGUCUAAAAAACACUUAAAGUAAGUGGUCCAAGAGCAUUGGUUGGAUCUUAAUUUGGUAUGAUAUGUCCUGCUGACACUCCUGAUGGUGAAGAUUGUGGUUUAGUUAAGACUUUGGCUUUAUUAACACAUAUUACUUAAGAAGAUAUUCAAGAUAGUGUUUAUAAAAUUAUAUUGUCUAUGGGUGUAGAAGAUAUAUGUCAUUUCAAACCAAGUGAAUUUCAUAAAAAUUAUAUUGUCUAUUUAAAUGGUAUCAUAGUUGGUGUACAUGCAAGACCUUAAUAUUUUGUUGAUUAAUUAAGAAUUUUAAGAAGGAAAGGUAAGAUAAAUGAAUUUGUUUCAAUUCAUAAGGAUGAUUUAAGAAAAAUAGUAAAUAUAUCAGGUGAUAGUGGUCGAUUAGUAAGACCAUUAAUUUUAGUAAAAGAUGGUAAAGCUCAAUUAAAUUAAAAGGAUAUGAUUGAUUUUAAAUAGAAUGAUGCAAAAACAGUAUUUUAAAAUUUUGUAAAAACAGGAAAGAUUGAAUAUUUAGAUGUGAAUGAAUCUGAUAAUGCAUUUAUUGCAUUGACUAGGAAAGAUGUAACAAUAGAAACUACUCAUUUAGAGAUAGAUUAAAUGACAAUUUUGAGUUGUGUAACAGGUUUGGUUCCAUUUCCUCAUCAUAAUUAAAGUGCACGUAAUACAUUUUAAUGUCAAAUGGGUAAAUAAUCAUUAGGAAUAAUUGGAUUGAAUACAUAAAUAAGAUGUGAUACUUAAUUAUAUCAAUUAAUAUAUCCUUAGACUCCUUUAGUUCGUACAGUAUCAAUGGAAGCAGUUAAUUAACAUAAAUUACCUGCAGGACAUAAUGCAUAAGUAGCAGUAAUGAGUUAUUCAUGUUAUGAUAUUGAAGAUGCUUUAAUAAUGAAUAAAUCUUCUUUAGAUAGAGGAUUUGGUAGAACAGCAGUUUAUAAGAAAUCAGUAACUGAAUGUGAAAUUAAUCAAAGAAAUAAGGAAAGUAGAUUCAAUGAAAGAAUUGAAAAGCCACCAAUAAAAACUCAUGAGAUCAAAAAGAAAUUUUUAAAGAAAUACCAUUCUCUAGAUAAUGAUGGUAUAACUAAAGUAGGAUCAUAAUUACAUCAAGGAGAUAUAUAUGUAAAUAAAAAGACACCUCAAGUUCCUGAUAAUGCUUCUACUGAAAAUAUUUAAAUAUCAGAUACUCCUUCUGUUUUCAAAGAGAAAUGGCCAUAUACUGUUGAUAGAGUUUUAAUAAUAAAUAAUACAAAUGAUGGAACAGAGAAAAUAAAAACUGUUAAGACUAUAUUUAGAUAAAUAAGAAGACCUGAAUUAGGAGAUAAAUUUUCAAGUCGUCAUGGUUAAAAAGGUGUUGUUGGUCUUAUUGUUAAUUAGGAGGAUAUGCCAUUUAAUGAAAGAGGUUGGUGUCCUGAUUUAAUAAUGAAUCCUCAUGGUUAUCCUUCUAGAAUGACUAUAGCAAAACUUAUGGAACUACUUUGUGGUAAGUUAGGUGCAUUAGAAGGUAAAUUUAAAUAUGGAACUGCAUUUGGUGGAGAAAAUGUAUUAUAAGUAGGAGAAGAAUUAUUACGUAGAGGAUUUCAUUUUUAAGGUAAAGACUGUCUUAUUUCUGGGAUCACUGGAGAAUAUAUGGAAUGUUAUGUAUAUCAAGGUCCUAUUUUCUAUUAAAGACUUAAACAUAUGGUCAUUGAUAAGAUUCAUGCUAGAGCUAAAGGACCAAUGGAAAAACUUACUCGUUAACCUGUUGAAGGUAGAGCUAAAGAUGGUGGAUAACGUAUUGGAGAAAUGGAAAGAGAUUGUUUCUUAGCUUAUGGUGCAUCUAAUCUUUUAAUUGAAAGAUUAUUAUUAUCCAGUGAUCCAUUUAAUGUGUAUGUCUGUGAAAUCUGUGGAAUGUUUAAAAGUGAUUCCAUUUGUAGAGGUUGUAAUACUGAUAAAGUUUAUUAAAUUACCUUACCUUAUUGUUGUAAACUAUUAUUCUAAGAGUUAUUGGCUAUGAAUAUCAAACCAAAAUUAUAAUUAGUACCUUCUCAUGAGAGAUAAGAGUACACCAUGAAUUGAAAAUAUAAUUUAUUAAUUA